CAGUUCCGCGCGGGCGGAGCGGGGAGCGGCACCCGCGGCGGCGGCGGCCCGGCGGCAUGGGCUGGAGCUGACAGCGCCCGCCCCGCAGACGCCGAGCGCUGCCGGCGCGGAAGGGAAAAGUUGCCGUGUCCGCCCGGGGAAACUUUCUGCCGCCGAGGCGGGGAGGCGGCGGCGGCGGAGCCGAGCCCGGCCGUCCGGUCCGGUGCGGUGUGGUGCGGUCCCUGCGCGGCGGCGGCGGGGCGCGCUGCGCUGCGCCGCGCCGUGCUGAGGCGGCGCGGGGGUCAUGCCCGCCGCCAGCCUGCUGCCGCUCUUCGGUAGCGCGGCGGGGCCGGGGGCACUGGGCGGCCCCGCGGGCGGCGGCGCGGCCGGCGGAGGCAGGAAGGCGGCGGGCCCCGGCGCGUUCCGGCUGACGGAGAAGUUCGUGCUGCUGCUGGUGUUCAGCGCCUUCAUCACCCUCUGCUUCGGGGCCAUCUUCUUCCUGCCCGACUCCUCCAAGCUCCUCAGCGGCGUUUUCUUCCACUCGGCCGCCCUGCAGCCGCCGCCGCCGCCGCCCGGCGGGCAGCCCCGCGCCCCGCCGCAGCCCGGAGGCGGCCCGGCGCCGGCGGCGGCGGCGGCGGCCGCGGGCGGGGCGGGCAGCCUGGAGCGGAUCCGCGCGGACCACGAGCGGGCUCUGCGGGAGGCCAAGGAGACGCUGCAGAAGCUGCCCGAGGAGAUCCGCAGGGACAUUCGCCAGGACAAGGAGAAACUUCUGCAGGACGCCCGCGGCAGGAAGGAGGCGGGCGCCCCCGGGCUGCCCCAGCGCCUCUUCCGCCAGCCCGUCGGCGCCGUGGGGCAGGAGCCCGCCGACCCCGCCGUCCGGCAGCGGAGGGCCAAAAUCAAGGAGAUGAUGAAACAUGCCUGGGAUAAUUAUAAGCGUUAUGCAUGGGGAUUAAAUGAACUGAAACCUAUAUCUAAGCAAGGACAUUCAAGCAAUUUAUUUGGUAACAUUCAAGGAGCAACAAUAGUGGAUGCCCUUGAUACACUAUACAUCAUGGAAAUGAAAGAGGAAUUCAAGGAAGCCAAGGAGUGGGUUGAAAAAAACUUAGAUUUCAAUGUGAAUGCUGAAAUUUCAGUAUUUGAAGUGAACAUUCGUUUUGUUGGUGGACUACUUUCAGCUUACUAUCUUUCAGGAGAAGAGGUUUUCCGAAAAAAGGCAGUGGAGCUUGGAGAGAAAUUGCUGCCUGCUUUCAAUACUCCCACUGGCAUACCUUGGGCACUGCUUAAUAUCAAAAGUGGAAUCGGUCGAAAUUGGCCGUGGGCCUCUGGCGGCAGCAGCAUUUUGGCAGAAUUUGGGACUUUGCAUCUGGAGUUCGUACACUUGAGCCACCUGUCUGGAAAUCCUGUCUUUGCUGAAAAGGUAAUGAAUAUUCGAAAAGUUCUAAAUCGAUUGGAUAAACCAGAGGGCCUUUACCCCAACUAUCUAAAUCCAAGCAGCGGCCAAUGGGGCCAGCAUCACGUCUCCAUUGGAGGGCUUGGGGAUAGCUUUUAUGAAUAUUUGCUCAAGGCAUGGCUGAUGUCGGACAAGACAGAUGAAGAAGGCAAGAAAAUGUAUUAUGAUGCUGUUCAGGCCAUAGAGACCCACCUAAUUCGAAAAUCAAGUGGGGGGCUGACAUACAUCGCUGAGUGGAAGGGUGGACUGCUUGAACACAAGAUGGGACAUCUCACUUGUUUUGCUGGAGGCAUGUUUGCUCUAGGAGCGGACGGAGCACCUAAUGACAAGACAGGCCAUCACAUUGAGCUUGGUGCUGAAAUUGCUAGGACUUGCCAUGAAUCCUAUGAUCGUACAAGCAUGAAACUGGGACCGGAAGCCUUCAGAUUUGAUGGUGGUGUUGAGGCCAUUGCUACAAGACAAAAUGAAAAAUACUACAUCCUACGACCAGAAGUCAUAGAGACCUACAUGUACAUGUGGCGGCUCACUCAUGACCCAAAGUACAGGCAGUGGGGAUGGGAAGCUGUAGAGGCACUGGAAAAACACUGCAGAGUAGAUGGUGGCUAUUCUGGCAUUAGAGAUGUUUACAACAAUCAUGAAAGCCAUGAUGAUGUGCAGCAAAGUUUCUUUCUUUCAGAGACACUCAAGUACUUGUAUUUGCUGUUUUCUGAAGAUGAUCUUCUUCCAUUUGAACACUGGGUCUUCAACACAGAGGCUCAUCCUCUCCCUGUUCUUCACAAAGACUAUGGGAAUACAGAAGAAAACCAGAAAUAGAUGAAGAUUAAGUUACACUUUGUUUAUUUCUUAUGUUUCUUUCCAGGACUUGGGCACAUGAUUUGGUUUUAAAUUCCUGAGUUUUUAAAUCAAGUGUUUUGCAGUCUGUUUUCUUUAACAGUAAAUUAUUAUGAAUGGACCCAAACUAAUUAUGAUAAAACCUCAGUCCUCUAAUCCAGCUGAGCCACUUCUUUGAAGAGAAAUAGGACAUCUCUCCAGAUUUUGUUAGGCUGCAGUAUCGUCCUGGCCAAAAAGAGCAGAGGGUCUGCAUGUUACUUGUUCCCUGUUAUGCUUGUAAGUUGACUGCAAAAUUCUUUUCUCCUCUGUGAGGAGAUGUCUGCUUUAAGCUGUAAUAUUUUGCCAUGUUGCAAAAAGCCAUAUUGAAUUAAGUAUAAAAAGCUUUUUCUUUUUUUUUUUUUCUGUGUUAAUUUGUUUUGUGUGUCAUCCAAAACAAAUCUUGUGACUGUGACAGCCUCUUCUUAUGCGGGUCUAUCAUUACUUGGUAAAGUAUCUGAUGUAUUUCAUUGUCAAUGAAGUCUACAUUAGGAAUAUUUUAAUCUCAUGCAGAUACGGCUCGGAAACUGUAGUAUACAUUGAAGUUAGACUUAACUAGUUUCUAUGAAUUUAGCACAUUAGUUAGCAGACCUUAGUUUUUCAGGUUUUGAUUAGAAUAUUGUAAUAGAAUAAAUUGUUUCCUCCCUUUUCUAAGUGAUGUUAUUCUCAUGCCUUUAGUCAGGCUACUAUGGAGUAAAAAAAGAUAGUAAUUUCUUAUUAAGAAAGGGAGUCUUACCUUCUUUAUGUAUUUUGUCCAGUAGCUUUCAUUUGAUCGGAUGGUGAAAAGGCAAAAAAAAAUACUCAAUGACAUUUUCCUGGAAGCUGAGAAUUAUACCAGAGACAAUUUGUUUGGUUUUCUGGGACUUUAGCAAACAUUCAGCUGAGUUCAGACUUGAUAGUAUAUUGUCACAAAGCAAUUUAAUGUAUCUACAUGAAUAAAGCUAAAUGUUCAGAUGCGUUGAGGAAGGUAAAAGAAGAUAAUCAGAGGGGAAAUUAUCCAGGAUAGAACUAAAACUUUCUGAAAGCACCAAGUCUGUCAUGUUUAAGUGAGAGAAACACAGUAUGCUUAAAAAUAUUCCCUAGAUUAGAGGCCUGGUUUACUAAGACAGAUAACAGCUUUGCCAAAAAUGUUUUACUUUGUGGCAUAACCAAAGGGAAAAAAAAAUAAAGAUGAGGCACUAUUCAUUCCUGUUUCUAUUUAAGUGUGGUUUGGAGUGGUUUACACAAUUAUUAAGUCUACCUAUGUUUUCAUUUAGUGACAGGAUGACUUCCACACAUUUUGAGUAGGGUAUAACACCUGGCUUCCCAUUCAGAGAAAGUACAUUAUUUACCGAUUGGACUGCAGCAAAACAAAUAUGGUUCUGUACAGUAAUCUUCUUGAAAGGUAUUUAGUAAGAUAGCUCACGUGUCCAGCACAGCUGAGGAAGCACAUUUGUUUAGGCAUUACAGAGUAUGUUUUUUCUAGACUGAUAGAGGUCUACAAUGUAGGUUUUCUUAUGUAGAAGCCAAGAACAAAGACGUUUUUGUGUAUAGCAGCUGAAAGCUGACCUCUAAACUUUACCCCUUCACUCUCUGGAAUCUGCAAAGACAGCACUGCCUCUCUGCUUCCCCUGCACAGAGAAGAUGGCAUGUGCCACACGAGCUGCCAAAGACACGUAUGUAGGUGGCAAGGCAAGAGGAUCUUCAGUGAUGCUGAUCCUUCCCUCGCAGGCCUGGCAGAGCUGAGCAUUCAUACAUGGAAGAUAGUAGGGGUACCCUGCUGAGCCUAGGCCACCCAGCACUGGGAGAAGGGAUUCAAAUGUAAAUUUUACCUGCAGGUAAAGCCUGCUUAUGUGGAACCAGCACUGGCUCAAGGCUUUUUGCUUUGCUGCUUUUUUAUUGCUAUUUUCUUUUUUAAAGUAUGGAUUCCCUCAUGUCACAAUAACAGUUUGCUGAAACUGAAUGAACAAGGCUGAAGUUUUGGCUCUCCUCUCUUGAGAAGCAGAACUUUUGCUGAUUUUGAUACUUCAAAUUUGUAUCAUUGGAGGACUAAAAUAUUUCACUGUAUUUCUUCAGAAAGAGCAUUUAAGGAAGCCUUCCCCCCUCCCAUGUACCACAGAGAAAGUACAGCUGUGGAAUAAAAACAGAAAUUCUGUUCCCUUUUUAACCAAAAAGUAAUAAUAAUUACUUCUGUUUCGGUUAUUUUUAUUGGGUCAUCUGCUGCUAUUUACCCCAUGGUUGUGCAUGUGCUACUAUAGGCCUCAUAUCACUUAAAUAGCUACAAUAGCUCAGACAAAAAAAGUCUUUGAGAAAUGUGUUUUGUAAGCCUCUUUUUACAUGGUUUUCUUAACCACAGUAUGCUUCCCCCAGAUGUGUCUAGUGAUCUUGCCUUUACCUAACAAGCUGCAGAGAACCAGGAGAACAAGGUAGCUCUUCUCUGUGUUGCAAAAAGCAGGCUACUCUUGUGUGCAUUGGGUCCUAUGUACUUAAAUAUAAGCAUCAUGACUGUUUCCUUGUAAUACAGACAUUUAGUAUGAAUAUUUUUUUAGUUUGAGAGUUACAAUGAUAUGAAAGAGCACAAAUUUGACAUGACUGGUAUGGGUAUUCAGGUUGUAUGUACAAACUGCACUAUACUGUACCUUUUGUAAACUAAUGUAAGUAGACGAGAAGAUUGUACAACGUGUAGAUUUGCCAACUGUAAGAAAAAACCUUUUCAUAAACUGAGAAUAUAUUGAUUUUUUUCUUUUUUUUUAUAACCCCAAAACACCAAAGUUAGAGCAAUCAUUUUGAAACAGUCCGUACUUAACACUGCCUGUUAGAUUGCCGAGAAACCAUGCAUUUUAUUUCCCAUUCACUUAACUGGCUGCAUGGAAGUGGCUAGUGAUGCUGUUCCCAGUCAUUCAUAAGAGCAAAAGAACUUGCUUUUUUGUUUGGGGGCGGGCAGAACAGGGGAUGGGACACACAGACAGGACAUGACAACACGGGAUGACAUUACCUUUGUAUAAACACACUGCCUAUACUUUUUCCAUUUUGUUGUAGCAUAAUAAUGCAUUUAAAUCUGCAUAUGUUAAGUUCUAAGAGGCAGAUCACUAAGUGGCACCCACAUUGCUUCAUGGGGAAAAAGUUUUGGUUGUUUGUGAGAUAAGUAUUGCAUAUGUGUUGGUUGUACACAGAUUUUUGCAAUGCCCAAUGGCUCACUGUUUCUAUGGUGACUUCAUCAUACAUAUUAUCCAUUUCUGUCAUGCAUUUAAAUUGUUUUUGAUUGGUACAUAGUCCGUUUAGUCUUUUCAUCUUUAUAUAAACUGAAAUUAUGGAAUACAUAAUAGAUCAAGAUGCUUAAUUUUGAAGAACUUAUAUUUGUAAAAAUUUCUCUAUUGUGAAUAAAGUCUUUUAAUAUA